AUGUCCGAAGUUUUAAUAACACCAUUUGACAAAAGAGUAGUAGAAGCUAAAAAAAUAGCCAAGAAUGCUAUAAAUAGUUUUCUGGAAAUGUUCCUCCUAUGUCUCGAAACCCCUAUGUCAAAUCAACAAUUUCUGACGGAUGACUUACAUGGUUUUGUUAAUUACCCUAUGAAAACAACUGUUGGCAUCAGCCCCAAGUACACAAGUAAUCGAAAAUUCUUUGCCAAUCUAAUGAACACACCAGCUUUCAAAGAAAUUCUGGCGAAAGACAUAAACAAAAUGCGCUUGGACUUUUAUAAAAAACUUAAGUACUGCGACGAAGCAACAAUGGAUCAAAGAUGCACCACGCCCCAUAACACUCCUGCAUACGGCCAGAUGACACCUGCAAGGUGGUGCGUGGUGAUACGCGGUGAUCGUAUCAAAGCUGAAACUUACUACAGUGAACUGAAUAAAAAGCUCCAGCCCCUGAAGCACAACUUCGGUGACGCCGCUCUAGGAUCAUCUAGUGAGAAGCGAACCUACAGGAAUAAGAUACAAAGAAGGAAAAACAUAUAUGCAGUAAUGUCCAAACAAGAAGAACAUUUAAAGUAUAGACUAUGCAGCAAUGAUGGUCCCAUAUGUGGAUUUAUUGAACAGAUAGAUAAUAAGGCUUAUUAUAGAUUCAAGAAAAUACCUUAUGCUAAACCACCACUUGGAUCUUUAAGGUUUAUUCCUCCAGUUCCUGUUAAGCCAUGGAAUAAUGAAUUGGAUUGUACCGAAGAUGCGCCACCGCCCGCAUCUUUUUUCUUUCAAAAUAAAAUAAUGGGCUCAGAAGAUUGUCUGUAUAUAGAAGUAUGUACUCCAAAGAUUUCACCUGAAGAACUUUUACCAGUUAUGUUCUGGAUAGGAAAUAUUGGAUUCAUAAUUAACAUGGACACAAUUUUGGAUCCAAAAUUAAUUGUCGAUCGUGGUGUCGUCUUCGUGAGAUGUGGUUUCCGGGUGGGCCCUUUCGGGUUCCUUUCUAUUAACGAAUUCCUAGCACCGGGCAACAAUGGGCUUAAAGACAUCGUUAUGGCAUUACAAUGGGUUCAAAGGAAUAUUAAGGCGUUUGGUGGAGAUCCAAACAAUGUGACGCUCUUCGGUAUCAGCAGCGGUGGCUCUAUAGUUCACUACAUGAUGCUUUCUCCCAUGGCAACUGGCCUUUUCCAUAAAGGGAUUAUUCAAAGUGCCAGUGCUAUUAACAACUGGUCUCUAGAAAAAAAUCCAAUACAACCUGUUAUGAAGCUGGCUACCGAAUUGGGAAUAAGAAAAACGGAUAUAGUAGAGAUCGUUAAGGAACUUAAAAGCGUUCCAUACAUGGACAUUAUGAGAGCUUCUCUGAAGUUAAUUGAAAAAUUACAGAACCUAAGCGCAGGUAAAGCGUUCGAUUCUGUCUUCAAACCAUGCAUUGAGAGAGAAUUCGAAGGGGUGCCGGUGUUUCUGUCAAAGAGUCCCUCUAUAAUAUUGAAAUCCGGUAUAGUCAAUAAAGUGCCAAUAAUGAUCGGUGCUAACAACACCGAGGCAAUGGUGCUGGAAUAUUUAGAGGAUAACUUCAACGAUAUCUUUAAAACGAAUAUGGACCCUUAUCGAAUCGUGCCGACUCCGUUGGCGGCGCAAACAUUCGCAAAAAACAUCGACCGAAAGAUUUUAAACUUCUAUUUGGACGGCGCUGACACGUUGCGAGAGGACAAAAAACAACAGUACGUCCAAUUGAUGAGCGAUUAUUACUUCCUGUACAACGUCAAUAAGACAAUUAGAAUACACAAAGAGAUCGCGCCCGAAUGUCCAAUUUUUUUCUACAUUAUCAACUGCGCCGGGGAAUGGAUUGUCCCCAAGUAUUUGGAUUUCUUCAACAAAUCAGGACAUGCCGCCGAGAUACCCUUUCUCUUUCAAGUCACUUUACCAGACGGAAGUAUAUGCAAAGGCAGCCGCGACUCCAUAACGACGAGGCGUCGAAUCAUAAAAAUGUGGACUAACUUCGCUAAAUAUAGCAACCCUACACCGGAUGAAAACGAUUCGCUACUGAAAAUAACCUGGGAUCCCGUCACUAGCAAGGACGAGCUUGAUUAUCUGUGCAUAGGUCAAGAUCUGACGAAGGGCGUAAAUCCGUUCGAAGACAGAAUGCUAUUCUGGGAACAAUUACACAGGGAACAUAAGUUUCUGCGAACAAUAACCCACUUCAAUGAUAUAGGAGUUCUUUUU